AUGGCCCUUGUCAUGGAACCUGUUAGUAAAUGGAGCCCUAGUCAAGUGGUGGACUGGAUGAAAGGGCUGGAUGACUGUCUCCAGCAGUACAUUAAAAAUUUUGAACGAGAAAAAGUGGGCGGAGACCAGCUGUUGCGGAUCACCCACCAAGAGCUGGAGGACCUGGGCGUGUCCCGUAUCGGCCAUCAGGAGCUCAUCCUGGAGGCAGUGGACCUCCUGUGUGCACUGAACUACGGAUUGGAGACGGAGAACCUGAAAACUCUGUCCCACAAGCUCAAUGCCUCCGCCAAGAACCUGCAGAACUUCAUCACGGGGAGGCGUCGGAGUGGCCAUUACGACGGCCGGACCACACGCAAGCUACCCAACGAUUUCCUCACCUCCGUUGUAGACCUCAUCGCUGCUGCUAAGAGCCUGCUGGCUUGGCUAGAUAGAUGCUACUUCUUUUUCAGGUCACCUUUUGCGGCAGUGACAGAUUACUCUGUGACCAGGAACAAUGUGAUUCAACUGUGCCUGGAGCUGACUACCAUAGUACAGCAGGAUUGCACUGUAUAUGAGACUGAGAACAAGAUCCUGCAUGUGUGUAAGACUCUGUCAGGAGUGUGUGACCACAUCAUCUCUUUGUCUUCGGACCCCCUGGUCUCCCAGUCGGCCCAUCUGGAGGUGGUCCAGCUGGCUAACAUAAAACCCACUGAGGGUCUGGGCAUGUAUAUCAAAUCCACCUAUGAUGGCCUCCAUGUGAUUACAGGAACCACUGAAGGGUCUCCUGCUGAUCGCUGUAAGAAGAUUCAUGCAGGGGAUGAGGUGAUUCAGGUCAACCAUCAGACGGUGGUGGGCUGGCAGUUGAAAAACUUGGUAAACUCUCUACGUGGGGACCCUGGUGGUGUGACGCUGACGCUGAAAAAGCGUCCCCAGAGUACGCUCACCUCCGCCCCGGCCCUACUAAAGAACAUGAGAUGGAAGCCCCUGGCCCUGCAGCCCGUCGUCCCCAAGAGCCCCACCAGCAGCUCGGCCACGCCGACCAGCACCAUCAGUACGCCCUCCAAAAGGGAUAGCUCUGCCUUACAGGACCUGUUCAUCCCACCCCCUCCAUCAGAACCCUACACACCCAGAGAUGAGAAAGGGAACCUGCCUGGGGAUGAACGUGGUCAGGGUGGUGUCCCUGUGGCCAAAGGCUCAGAAUCACCCAACUCUUUUUUGGAUCAGGAAUACAGACGACGCUUCCCCCUGCUGGAGGAGGAAGCUGUGCUCUACUGCUACGAGUACGACCAGGGUCGGGGGCCUCCGUCCGCCCGUCGAGAUAGCACCCCCACCUACGGUCGUCUGAGGCCCAUCUCCAUGCCUGUGGAAUAUAACUGGGUGGCAGACUAUGAAGACCCAGCCAGGCUGAAAAGGGAGGGCAGGAGAGAGAACUCUCUUUUGCGAUACGUGAGUGAGGAGAAAGCGCCGGAGGAGUAUCUGACCGGUCGCAGCGCCAAGCGUGACACGGGCAAACGUGGCAAGAAGAAGAGUGAGAAAGGUGGCAGUCCCGCCCACUAUGCCUUACUGCCUGGCCUACAGAUGGAGGUGCUCCGUCAGGAGUCCAUGUCCACCCCCAGUUCUGACUCCACCUCCCUCUACCAUACAUUCCAAGGUUCAUCCCUGCUUUCCAAGUCAAAGAAGAAGAGCAAGACUGGUCCUCUGUCCUCCAUCAGUAAGAGGAGGAUCUCCUGUAAAGACCUUGGCAGGGGGGACUGUGAGGGCUGGCUGUGGAAGAAGAAAGACGCAAAGAGUUAUUUCUCUCAGAAGUGGAAAAAGUACUGGUUUGUGCUGAAAGAUGCCUGCCUGUACUGGUACAUGAAUGAGGAGGACGAGAAAGCUGAGGGCUUUGUCAGCCUCCCGGAGUUCAAGAUCGACCGAGCCAGCGAAUGCCGCAAGAAGUAUGCUUUCAAGGCCUGCCAUCCGAAAAUCAAGAGUUUCUACUUUGCGGCAGACAGUGUAGAUGACAUGAACAGAUGGCUGAGUCGUCUCAACAUGGCUGCAGCAGGUUACGCAGAGAGAGAGAGGAUCAGACAGGAGCAGGCGGACUACUGGAGCGAGAGCGACCAUGAGGACAACGAGACCCCCUCCACACCCAAACAGGACAGCCCACCGCCCCCCUAUGACACAUAUCCGCGCCCUCCUUCUAUGAGUUGUGCCAGCCCUUACCUGGAGCCAAAACACGGUCGUCUGUCCUCCACAGAGACCUCACACUCCCGCUCCUCACACGAGGAGUACCGCUCCGAGCCACAAGGGGGCAGCAGCAGCGGAGGGGGUUCUCCGGCGCGGAAGUCGGCCAGCCAGCGCCGUUCGUGGCAAGACCUGAUAGAGACCCCUCUGACCAGCUCGGGCCUGCAUUACCUUCAGACGUUGCCUCUGGAAGACGCCGUGUUCUGCGAGCCGGGAGCCGGACCGUCACCGGAGUACCGGAGACAGUCCACUCUUCCCGCCCAGCGGACCCUGCUACAGGAACACUACGGACCUUUCCCCAUGGCCGAGGGAGAGAGGCUGAGAGACGUGGCCAUGGGUGGAGGUGCCGGGUGUAAACCUCGCAGCUUUACCCUCCCACGGGACAGUGGCCUCCACGCCCUCCUCACCCCCUCCUCCAGCAUCGCCGAAAACAGAGACCCCCAGCGCAGAGAACUCAGCCGCAGUCACCACAUGGACAACGGCGGGGAGCAGGAGCGGAGACCCCAGGCUGACUCUCUGGGCGACCUGUACCGGGCACUGGAGCGCGCCAGCCUCAAUCCUAUGGGUGAGCACCGUCUCUCCACCCGUCUGGAGUACAAGCGCUCCUUCAUCCGUCGCUGCAAUGAUCCCCUGCUCAACGACAAACUGCACCGGCUGCGCAUCCUGCAGAGCACGCUCAAGGACAGGGAGGGGGAAGUAGCAGUGAUUGACAAGCUGCUGUCCAAUCCCAAGCUCACGUCCACAGCCUUUCAGGAGUGGAAGAGAAUGUACCUGGAGCUGUUCUCUGAGGACGUCCGACAGGAACGUCAGCCGAGCCCCCUGUCCGAACCCAGCCCCACACCUACCCCUGAGCCCACUCCUCGAGCCCCCUCACUCUCACACACACACUCCUACAUUGAAACUCAUGUCUGA